AUGACUCGAAGCCUGAGAAUCGGAGUUGACGUUGGCGGAACAAACACAGAUGGAGUCAUCCUCGACCCAUCCCGCUCCUCGGAGCCUGAUCGAGGGAUAGUAGCCUGGCACAAAGCUUCAACAACAGGCAACCCCAGCGAUGGAAUCAACAACGCCAUUACAGCCAUGUUUGAUGAAUCCAAAAUCGAUCCUGGAGAAGUAGCAAGUGUCACUAUCGGGACAACCCACUUCAUCAAUGCCGUUAUUGAACAAGAUCAAGCUCGACUAGCCAAGGUAGCGAUUAUGCGUCUUUGUGGACCUUUCUCGAAAGGUGUUCCACCUUGUAUCGAUUGGCCUGCAAAACUUCGAAACCUCAUCCGAGGCUAUUACUGCUUAGUAGAUGGAGGACUAGAAGUUGACGGCAACCUAAUAUCCGACAUCAACGAAGAGCAAAUCCGUCGAGAAGCAGAAAUCAUAAAAAGGAAAGGAAUCAAAAGCAUCGUCAUAAACGGGGUUUUCAGCCCCGUCGACAUCCACUACAAACAAGAAGAACGCGCCGCAAAAGUCAUCAAGAGCAUCUACCCAGAAGCAGACAUCGUCCUCUCCAAACAGGUCGCCAACCUCGGUUUCCUCGAACGCGAAAACGCCGCUAUCCUAAACGCAUCCAUCCUCCCCUUCGCUCGCAAAACUAUCACAUCCUUCCAAUCCGCAAUCUCAAAACUCAACCUCAAAUGCCCCGUCUUCAUCACCCAGAACGACGGCACCCUCCUGCUCGCCACUGCAGCCGCUGCACUCCCUAUCCGCACUUUCUCCAGCGGUCCGACGAACAGUAUGCGUGGCGCUGCUUUCUUGACGCAAAAUUCGAUCAAGGAGUCGAUGAUGGUGGUUGAUAUCGGCGGCACCACGACAGACGUUGGUCUCUUGCUGGCGAAUGGGUUUCCGAGACAGGCGGCGGCGUUUAGCGAGAUUUCCGGGGUGAGGACGAAUUUCUCGUAUCCGGAUGUGCGGAGUGUAGGUCUGGGUGGAGGCUCGAUUGUGAGGAGAGAUUCUGACGGAAAGUUGAGGCUGGGGCCGGAGAGUGUGGGGUACCUGCUACCCGAGAAGGCGAUUUGCUUUGGUGGGGAUGUGGCGACGGCUACGGAUUAUACGGUGCUUGGGGAUGAGAAGGUUAACAUUGGGAGUAGAGAAUUGGUAGUUGAAGCGGGGCUUGAGGGGAACUUGAAGGAUUUGAAGGACUUGGUGAAGAGGAUGUUGGAGAGGGCUAUUGAUAAUAUGAAGACGUCUGCGGAGGAUAUUCCCGUGCUGUUGGUAGGAGGAGGGGCGAUUAUUGCUCCUGAUGAGUUGGCUGGAGCUAGUAAGGUGGUGAAGCCGGAGUGGUCAGGAGUCGCCAAUGCCAUUGGAGCUGCUACGGCACGAGUUAGUGGGAUCAUUGAUACCAUUGAAAAUACCGAGACCAAGACCUCGUCUCAGGUUAUGGAAGACGUUUCAAAGCGAGCGGUAGAGAAAGCUAUUGAGGAUGGCGCCAAGGCGGACACGGUGCAGGUCGUUGAGAUGGACCAUCUCCCAUUACAGUAUAUUGCCAACAAAUCUCGAUUCAUUGUCAAGGCUGUGGGAGACUUUGAUUUCUCUAGACAGAUAGCUGGCGUUGAAGAGGCAACGACUGGGACCACUGAACAGGAUGGGAUGGCUGAGUUCGCAAAGGGCUCGUCUACCACUGAUCACACUUUGAAAGAGGUGAUAGAUGCUCCAGAGAUUGAUAUUUCAUCGUAUCGGCCGAAGAUUGUAGGUCGAGAAUGGAUCAUCUCCGAGACAGAUCUUGCGUGGAUCAGUACUGGCUGCUAUAUUCUUGGCACUGGUGGCGGAGGGUCGCCAUACGGACACAUGCUUCGAUUACGGGAGAUUAUGCGUAGUGGUGGUGUGGUCAAAGUCAUCUCUCCUGACGACCUGAAAGAUGAAGACCUCGUAGCUUGUGGUGGAGGCAAGGGAUCUCCUACCGUAUCUAUCGAGAAACUUCCGGGAGACGAAAUGAUACAAUCCCAAACCGAACUCUACAACUUCAUGAAAGUCCAACCAAACGCUGUAAUCGCCCUCGAAAUCGGUGGUGGCAACGGCCUCCAAGGUAUGAUCCUUGGCGCAUCAACAAAUAUGAAUCUCCCCACCGUCGACGGUGACUGGAUGGGCCGCGCUUACCCCGUGGCUUGGCAAACCACUCCCGUCGUCUUCCAAGAAACACCCGUUUUCCUUCCUUCAACCAUCUGUGAUGGCAACGGAAGUGUAAUGUUCAUGACACAAGCGAAAUCCGAACUCAUGGUCGAGAAAGCAUUUCGAGCAGCACUUUCGCAAAUGGGGUCUCAUGUUGCCUGUGCGAAGGCGCCAGUGACUGGGAAGAAUACUAAGAGUUGGGUUGUUGAGCAUACGAUUUCGCUUUCUUGGAGAAUUGGAAGGGCGGUUGCGUUGGCGAGGAGUGAGAAUAGGAUUGACUCUGUUGCGGAGUCUAUCAUUGCUGAAGCUGGAGGUGAUGAGUCUGCGAAAGUUCUGUUCAAAGGGAAGAUUGUGGGUGUGGAGAGGACGUUAAGGAUGGGACAUGUAUAUGGAGAGGUGAUUGUUGAGGCGAUGGAUGUUAGUGGUGGGGAGAGAGCAGAGUUCCAGGGAAAGAUGAAGAUCCCGUUCAAGAACGAGAAUAUACUUGCUAUCAAGGAGAAUCCGGACAGCAGUGAGACGGUCGUUGCUUCGGUGCCAGACCUGAUUUGCGUCAUCGAUGCUCAGAACGGCGAGGCGAUAGGCACUCCAGAAUAUAGGUAUGGGUUACUGGUUCUUGUGCUUGGAAUUGUUGCCUCUGAGAAGUGGACUUCGACUCCACGAGGCUUGGAGAUCGGAGGUCCGAAGGGUUUUGGAAUGGAUGAUGUGGAGUAUAAAGCGCUGGGAAAGUUUCGCAAGCCCAGGAGUGUGAUCGAGGAGUUUGCAACUUAG